CUACUAACGAUGGAAGAAAUUAAAACCUACGAGACACAAAAAGAUUCACUUCGACAUUCAAUACAGAAUUCAUAAAAGCGUAGAAUGUAACGAAAGUUAAUCAGCUAAGAGAGCGUAAAAAUGUUUGGGAGCAAAUUGCGAUCUUGGAUGGAUGCUGUGAGGUCCAGGAAAAAGCAACAUAGGAAAGAGAAACAGGGAAAAAGUAAUAAUUUGGUUGGGGGGCAUAAAAAUAAUGUUAAAUGGGAUACUAAUUGCACCACUGUGCUUGGUGAAUACAAGGUUAACGAACGUGAGGUAAUUAAGACGCAUGUAAUGAAAGAAAGCUCGAGUCAAUCUGGUACAUCGGGCGUCUCGAAUUCUAGAUAUUCUGCAAACAAUCUAUCUUCUCCUGAAUCCGCUUACUCUACAGGAUAUUCAACAGAUGGUACUUCACCUGGCGCUCCUCCAGAAAAUCUCCUCAAUACUUCCAAGGCAACAGAUAUCUGUCACCCACGAGUUGCUGUGUUAAAUCCCAUCCAAAAUUCAAAUAAUUCAAGUAGCAAAACCACCCAUAACGUUGUACCGGAGUCCGCAAAAGUUGUGCCAAAUCAUCUGAAAGACCAUCGAACUCCUAUUUUCAAGAAACGUGUGAUUGAAGAACCGAAAGUUCCACCAUCUCAGCCAAGCAGAAUGAAUGAGAAAAUCAUAGUGAAUAUAAGUCCCGCUCUAGGCGUAACUUCACCAAGGCAAAGGAAUAGGAUUAGGACUAAUCCAUGGCUUCCAGGAAGCACCUUAAGUCCAAGUCCAGUGAAGCACGAUCUCAAAAAGGCUUCUGUCGCUACCAAAUCUUCUAAAGAUAGUCCAAAACUUCGUCGAUUCCUCAGCCCGGCUGCGAGCAGACGUAGAUCGCUUUCGACCUCAUCGAGUUCAUCAUUGAGCGCUACGAGCGUUCAACUGGAGAUGCCCCGAGCGAAAUCAAUAAGCGACGAGGAUUGCACUUUAAACGAAAUGAUGGGCAAAUACGAUGAAAGUUACGUGUAUGAAAAAGAGACUGACAUCUUAAGCGACAGCGACCCAACGGAUUGCGAAACUGACAUCGACACCGGUCAAGAUGGCGGCGAUGAGGAUGAAACGUUAGAAGGCGAUCUGGACUUCAUAGACAACGGAUCGCUGUUGGAAAUCGAAGCUAGAACGGAUUUGAACACGGGACAUUGCUCUUACUACAGCUACGAUGUCCAGAGGAAGAGGUCGUCUAGGAAAAAGACGCAACGUAGGAAUAAUAAGGCGAGUGAAAAGAAGCGUAAAUGCUGCUUGAGUAAAAAGCGGCAGCCCAAGCAAUUUGAAAAAGAAAAUAAUAAGCGUGCAAAUGCGUACAUAGAUGGUUCUAAAAGUGCUGGAGCUACUCCUGUUUCCGUCCGACGUGCCAAUUGUAGACCAAUAUCUAAAUUAACAAUAGACGAUUGCUUGAGGAAGCGAUCGAAUUCCGUAGGCUUUUACCGUGAUCCGAUCACUACAAUAGAUAAACGAGAUAAGGAAGCUGAUUUGAAAUAUAGAGAACUGAUUACCGAGGCUGAACAAAUACUGCGUGCCAUGAAAACCAAUGGUUUGUCACCUAGAAGAGUUCCUGGCCCUGCGAAUAAGAGGGUCGAACUUCUGAGGAUAACUGAAUGUGCCAAACCAGAAAUAUUCGUUAACAAAACUCGUCCAUCUAUAACAGAGGACAGUGUAAUGACAAACCCAUUUGUUUCUAAGAUUCCGUCCAAUAAUGGUUACAACUGUCCACGUUUUAGCCCUAAGAAGAAUCAUAUCACAAAAUUUAUUAUAAGUAACUCACCAGUAUUAGCUCGUAAAGAGUGGGAAAUACAACAAUCCCCGAUAUACAAAUCUCCGUUAUCCACCAGAAAGCAAAACGAAGAGCCUCACAGUACCCCGUUAAAGGAAAAGAACCUAGAAGGAAAUAGAAUGAGUCCGAAGCACAGGAGAAAGCCGAACAGACGUCCGGUUGACUCAAGCUCUGACUCUGACGAAGCUCCACGGAGACAUUCCUUAAGAAAAACUGGUUGUCCACAAAGUGAACCACUUCGGAGGAAGGUUUACAACCACACAUCUGCAAAAACAGUCGCCUUCAAUAUGGCCGCAGAGGAAACCAUUUUUCACAAGGAAUGUACGAGUAGCAGCGAAAAUCUUAGACAGCAAGUGUUGCUAAAUACCAUCGUUAACUUGAAGAGAAAUCUUGAGGAUCAUUCUGCUUCAUUGAAACAAGUUUACAGAAGCUCGCAUAAUAUAUAUGCAUGAGAAAUUUCGUGAGAGGGUACUGUGCAAUCGUCAAACAUGUUAAUCUAGAUAUUUCCGGAAAAGAAGCCUAUGAUAAAAUGAAGCAUGGUACGGCUAUGAAUACUACAGAAACAAGUGCAUACAUCGUACCCACAUUCGUAUUACGAUUAUUUUUAACUCGAAGAAGUUAGAUGUGUCUGUUUCCUGUCUGUCAACCUUGUAAUAAAUAAGAAACCCUCUUGAAGAUAAAUUAAUCUUGCAAAAAUUAAGCGAAAGUGCAGGGUAUUAAGACUACACACAAGGAAGGUAAUCUACGAAGCAAUUAUUGUACAGCCCAACAGACAUCUUAGACCAGGCAAAUCUCAUUUUCUCAAUGAAGUUUAAGGAGACAUGUUUUUCAACGUUUAAAUACAUUCUCUAAAUUGCUUCUUAAUUAGUUGUACUAAUUGAAAUUAAUUUUUUAUGGCCUAAAAAAUCAGCUUGACUUAUUGGUUUGACUGUUGAUUUGGUAAGAAUAAUUUCAACUGGUAUUUCCUAUUCUUUCUUCGUCUUUCUCUAUCAAUCGAACAUAAUUAUCGAAUUUUCGCUAAAAGUUUUAAAUAAGUAAGAUGAAUAUAAUAUUUCGACUAUAAAGUUUUGGCUGUAUAACUCCAAUAUGUGUUUUCGCUCAUGGGGUUGCUGCAACUUUCAAUUUUUAAUAGUGGUAUUAAGCUGACUUUAUUUCCUUUUCUCAUUAAGUUAUUGUAAAACAAAGAUGGCGGAGAAAGUGCUAACUCAAAGCAAAAAUAGUGUUUCAAAUCUUGGUCACUUUUUUUCAGACAAAUUAUUCUAUUCUAUCUUCUUCUUGAUGCUAAUUGCUUAAUUCUAUUUUUUAUUGGAAAAUACAUCUUUUAACUACAUAGAUUUUACUAGGUCUACCUAAUCCUACUUCCUUCUCAAUGUGACUUUUAUAAUUUACUUCACUUCACGUCGCAUUUUUUGGGAUUAUUAGAUUUGCAUUCUAUGAUAAAAGAG